CACUUGAUUAGCUCUCUGUUUCGUUUUCGUUCAGGACUCAAGGAAGUGACUACGUUGAAUGUGUGUCCUCUCAGAGCCCUUACACCACUGAUGCUGAUCAAGAGGAGAGGCCCUACGUGUUGCAUUGCGUCCAGUAUGGCUUCACUAGCAGUGCUCAUGAUGGUGUUGUACGGCACCAUCGGCAGUCAGCAGUCAGGGAGCUCCAGCUUCAGGCACGACUACCAGCUGCUGGGAAGACCCCUCUACAAGCUGGACCUGAGCUGGCCGAAGAACCCGGAGCUGUUCACCGGGGAGGUGUUUGGAGUAGCUGUCAACCAGUACGCUGGUGCCGUGUAUGUGGCGCAGAGAGGUGACAAUGUGCCCAAGGUGCUGGUGUUCACCACAGAUGGAGAUUUCCUCAUGUCCUGGAACACAACCACCCUGGAGAUGCCUCAUGGAAUAUUCUUAGCAGACCCCGCCUCUUUGAACCCCACUGUGUGGAUCACAGAUGUGGGGGACGGCCCGUACGGCCACUGCAUCAAACAGUACUCACCAUCUGGGAAGCUUCUGCAGGUGCUUGGUACGCCGGGGGAGGCAGGCUCUGGGUUGAACCCUCUGCAGUUCGACCAACCGGCUGAGAUCUUCGUCCACGACUCCGGAGAGAUGUACAUCGUGGACGGUGACGGCGGGAUGAACAACCGCCUCAUCAAGCUGUCCAAAGAGCAGCAGGUGUUAUGGAUGCACGGAGAGAAGGGACAAGGCCCGGCUCAUUUCAACAUCCCCCACAGCGUGACUGUGGACAGCGUCCAGAGGGUGUGGGUGGCCGACAGGGGAAACAAGAGGAUCCAGGUCUUUAACUCCAUCACCGGGGACUGGCUGGGGACGUGGGGGAGCUGCUUCACGGAGGAUGCGCCCUAUUCGGUCCGCCUGACCCCGGACAAGAAGUACUUUGUCGUUGUCCAGCUCAACACCAACCAGAUUUCGCUGCUGGACGCUCCACCGGUGGGUUCGAUUGGCCAGUGCAGUGUGGCCAGCGUGAUCCAGCUGGCUGACGAAGUGAAGCCCCACCUGGUGGACCUGGACCUGAAGUCAGGGGCCCUGUACGUGGCUGAAAUUGGAGCUCAGCAGGCCCAGAAGUUCACCCCCUUCAGUCUGGGUGGGAGUUUCCUGUAGUGACACACUUUGAAAUGGCCUGAUGGAUCAGAAACUAACUGCGCCUCUAAUGAGCAUUACCAACCAUUUAAAACUGGACUGACAAGGUCCACCUUUUACCUAAUUUGCAAUCAUGUGAUGUCAGAAUGAAGAACCCUAUAAUAAGAUAAGACAUCAGAUGUUAAGAUGUCAAAGUGUCCCCUGACAACCCUGUCUCAUAGAAAUUACAUUUUUAUAUCUCGAGUUUGCAACAUAUAUGUUUUGAAAAAAAACCCACAAUGCCAAGGCCAGUGUACAGCAUUUUGUGGGACUUAUUCCAAGAAAUGUAAUAUAAUAUUCAUAAUUAUGUUUUCAAAAGUGAAUAAUCAACUGAAACUCCGCCAUGUUGCACUGUAAUGAUUCUAUGGUGCCCAGAACGGUACCGCUCACUAAUCCAUCCAUGGUAUUUGGCAAAACCAUCUGGUAUAUAAAUGUCAUUAUUUGAAACAGGGUUUCGUCUGCGUAUGCUGCUUUAAAAAGUUCAAAUAAGUAAAAAAGCUGCAGGAUGUCUGUUUGUAAGCAAAUAUUACAAAACCAAUUUAGCAGUGUAAAAUUUCUGCUACUACAAAAUGAAAUGCAGUUGAAUUGGUUUCUUCACAAUAGAUGAGGUGUCAUGCUGACUAGUUAUUUGUUAUGUUAUUUGACAGUGCUACCAUUGUUACUUGCUGUUUGGGAAGUUAUUUGCCAUUUGUUUUUUUACUUGAAUUCUUAAAAAGACGCGUGCUGUUUCUUUUUUCUCUGAAGUCACUUUAAACUCCUUUGUUCUUUUUAUUCAGCCUUUGGCCACUAUAUGGAUCUUUUUAAAGACAUUUAAAAAAUGUCUUCAAAAUCUUAAUGCACAGUGUGAUCUAAGUUGUCUAUACAUUUUAUUGAAGCACUUCAUAAUGCAGUGAAUAAAUACAGUGUAUGGCUGGGUAAUUCUCUCUGAAAAAUUAGUUUGCCAUUGUAGGUGUAUAGGUAAUUAUUUUUGCAGUAUAUUGCCUGUAUUACAGAAUCAUCCGUAUUGUGAUAUCAUCCUCACUGUGAGAAAUGUAUUGUGAUAGCUUCUUUGCUUCUCCAGUGACUCUGUGCUGCCACUGUCCACCUUAUGUGGAAAAAAGAAUGGCUUGUGAUGUUUGUGACCGCUUGCUGCUGUUUGUUCAACAGUCCUUCAGAGAGGGACAUAAAACUGGAACUGUAGGACUGCUGCACCUUUUCCCUCUGCAUUCCCUAUUGUGUACAAAACUCUGUCCAAUAAUUGAGCUGUAUGUGAAUCAUGUGACUUUUGUUUUCAGGCCCUGUUUUGUUGGUAAUUACAGCGUGUAAACCGAAAUGGUUUCAUCGGAUUUGAAGUGUUUUAUCAUAUUGGCCUUUGUGUUUACAUGUGUGUUUGUUCACAAAGGAAUGUCCCUGACAUGAUCCCAGAAUAAACAGCUGGGUUCCCCCUACCUUUAUGAGAGUAGGGCGUUGUGCAGGCAUUACACUUUUUUGUUUGUAAGGUUUUAUUUUAUUGAUGUUUUAUUUUUAAGGAUGUUUAACAUUAGUUAAAGUCCUAAGUUGGAAUAUCUUUAAGAAUUAGAAGAUAAUUACUCUUUGAAAGGGUUUACUUGCAUUACAAUUCUAUCAUAUUAUCAUUAUCAGUGGCAUAAAAUGAUCACUCGAGUAUUACUGAACUAAUAACUGUAUUAAUGAAAAGUAAUUUGCUGUGUCCAACAGCAGCCUGAAAUGUGCCGAUGAUGCAUUUUGAAGCCCUGAUAUUAGUCUCUUAGAAACGGUGUUCCAUGCUGAAGGUGAUAUACUCUGUGUAAAACAGACGAAGUGUCCAGUAAGUUUAAAUGAUGUUUCAAGGAAGUUUAAUUGACCUGGUUUAUUUGGUUUCAUUUUCAUCAUCUUGCACUUGGCCAAUGAAAUGCGGACGCAUGAAUUUCUUAGCAUUUACUUUGCACAAUAUUCUGGUAGUUGGCCUGUAUGUAAAGUGUGUACUUUGACAUGUGGGUUUAAAUUUGUUGAAGGUAAAGAGGUUUGUUUUUUCAUUUUGAAGUUGAUUUUUUAAAUGUUAUGUUUUGUGUCUUUUAAGUUAAAUCUGGCAGGGAACCAAAUGGUGAGUGGAACUUCAAAUAAAAAAUAUUUAAUCAUA